GUCUGUCCAGCAGUUUGCCACAAACAGCACCUUCAGUAAGUGCUAGGAAAAUCAGGAAAGGCGGCUGGGAGUUGGGAGUUUGCCCAAGCACCUACAAGGCAGCAUCAGGUUACCGGGAAAGGGGGUGGGCCCAUGCAAAUCACAGCUGCUCUGGGUGGCUUAAAGAAUUUUAAAAAAACCAUUACAGGUCUCGGGAGUUAAAUGCAAAGUGAAAAGGUGGAGUACUCGGCCCGGAUGCAACUCUCUUUUGCUCCAGACCCAAGACACCUGAAGGGAUGCAGUCCCAGAAAAUGAGAUACUACCACUGGGCGUGGGAACAGAGUGACUGACCCACGUUUGGCUCUCACUUCUUCCUGCUUGGCAGUUGUGGUGGUGGUUUUAAGCCCAAAAGAACUAAAUAUCCAAUCGCAACAUUUUUUGUUUCAAAAGAGGGACGCAAAGUGUCCCCUUUCUCGCUCCUCCAGCGAUGCCCCCCCAGGAGCUACUGGAUUACUCGCCCACCUUGAGAAGAUGCAGCACCCCCAGCAGAGGCAGCGGCUCCGAGCUGGGCAUCAAGUGUGUCCUCAUAGGAGACGGGGCAGUCGGCAAGACCAGCCUCAUUGUCAGCUACACAACCAACGGGUACCCAGACCAGUACCAGCCCACGGCGCUGGACACCUUCUCAGUGCAGGUCCUGGUAGAUGGGGCACCACUUCGUAUCCAGCUGUGGGACACUGCAGGACAGGAAGACUUUGAUUGCCUUCGUUCGCUCUGUUACCCUGACACAGAUGUCUUCCUGGUCUGCUUCAGUGUUGUAAAUCCCACAUCCUUCCAGAACAUUAUGGAGAAAUGGAUCCCUGAAAUACGGACACACAAUCCCCAGACUCCCGUGGUGCUGGUGGGAACACAGUCAGAUCUGCGGGACGACGUCAAUGUGUUGAUCAAUCUGGACCACUAUCAUGCCGGGCCUGUGCCGAGAACUCAGGCCGAAGGCCUGGCUGAGAAAAUCCGGGCUCAGACUUACAUCGAGUGCUCUGCUCUGACUCAAAAGAACCUGAAGGAGGUUUUUGACACAGCCAUCAUCAGCGCAGUUGAGCACAAGGCCCAACAGGAAAAGAAAAUGACAGCCAAGGGAAUAAAAACUCUCUCCAAGUGCCGGUGGAAGAAGUUCUUCUGUUUUGUCUGAAGAUGGUUUGGGAAUGAAGAGGCCUAGAAGUCGGGAUUGGACUUUGCACUUUCUGCCACAGAGGGCAAAGUGGCUAACUGAAUGAAAAAGUGGCUCCAACAAGGAGAGUGUUGUGAGCCAAGGGGACCUGGAGCCCCAGGAUUUGCUGGGUUGGGAUAGAACUUUCCUGGAAGACAGGAAGUGGACUUGUGUAGUAGUGCCAGGAUACCAAAUGGCUCAUGCAAUCUCAAUAGAACCGGGGUGGUUUGAAGCUUCUUGUACUGAGUUCAGUAUUAAAGAAGAGCCAAGCCUGUCAUUUUAGAUACCCAGACAGCACGAGCAGUUUCCAGAACCUCCUCACAGCAUCUUAUUUAAACCCAGGAGAAGCCGAUGCAGUGGGGUGGUGCCAGGCAGCUGCCCCCCCAACAAUGGCAUUUCUGCUUAUUGGGGCAAGGGCAGGGCUGCAGGGCCAGACUGACAGGAGCACUGGGUGCUGGUGUGCCCUCACAGCCUUGUCCUUCCCACAGCCCUGCCCCAUAAUUUGAAGUGGUCCCUUAUUCAGCCAAGCAGCAGCACUCCACCUCACGGGAUUAAACCUGAGAUAUAUUCUUGAGGUUGAUAUCUCCUUUUCAAGGCACAGGCAAGGAUAGAGGGAUUUCUCCUGGGAGACAACAAUGUCAAAUAACAUGGCCUGCUCAAGGAAAAAGUAUCUUUUAUACUUUGCUUUCAGUCCUGCUUCAGGAAGCAGAAUAAGUCCUCCAGACAGCAGGGUGUUUGUAUGAAGGAGUAUCAGUUGUGUGGCACAGCCUUAAAAGGACAAAGCAUUUUUUGUGAAAUGACAUGGAAUGAUUCCCUAUGCUUCCACAAAGCUAUUCCAAUACAGUACAUCAUUUUGGACCUCAUUG